AUGAGUCUCAAGAUUGAUUUGGAAACGAACUUUGCUGAGUUUGUUAUAGAKGCAGGAGAAGUCAUCCUAGGGACUCAGCAAAGAACGGAUACGAACCCUCCUCUACCGCGGGAGAAACAGAAUGAAAACAUCUUGCAAGCAGUAUGUGCUCUGCUGAACUCUGGAGGGGGAGUGAUCAAGGCCAAGAUUAAGGAUGAAGACUACAAUCGUGAGAUUCAUGAAGUUGGGUGGGAUCGACCUCCCGUUUUUGAAGGCUAUUUAGAUGAGAUGCAACAGGGAAAGCUCUUCUUUAUAUUUGUGAAGUCAUGGGACACAGAAGUCUCAGGUGUGCCACUUGCCACCUUGUGCUCUAAUUUGUACCACAGAUAUAUAUCAUCUAACAAUGUCAUGGAUUCUCAUAAAGCACUGGUAUUCCUGAAAGAGAAAACUGAUUCCAGUUUGYUGAGUCCACAGGAAGCUCAGGCUGGUGCACACCGUGAAGACGACACAGAGGACUCGGCUGCUGCUUUAUUUGAUAGAGUGCAGCUGCAGUACCUGGAGAAACUCAACUUGACGGAGUCCAUGCACGUUGAAUUUCAAAUGUUCCCAGCAGCUCUGUCACAGUGUGUUAAAGAGAGGCUCGCCAACUGUGUCUCUGCAUUGGCCAACGCUGAAGGAGGCUAGGUAUUUCUGGGUGUACAUGAUGAGACCCAUCRAGUCAUUGGAUGUGAAAAGGAGAAAAUAAAUCUUUCCAAGUUCAAGAAUUCUGUUGAACACGGCAUUAGGAAGUUACCUGUCCGUCAUUUCUGAACACAGAGGCAUACAACUCCAUGUUCCAUCAGAUUCCUUGAAGUUCAUGAUAAGGGGGUCCUUCGUGGUUAUGUCUGUGCGGUGAAGGUGGAGCGAUUCUGCUGUGUGGUGUUUGCCAAAGUGCCCAGUUCCUGGCAACUGAAAGCCAACAAAGUGGAGCUGCUGACCACAAAGCAAUGGGUAGAUUGGAUGAUGCAAGCCAAGCCAGGUCAGGAGCAAGUCUGCAAAUGA